AUGGGUUUGAAGUCAGAUAAGCAGGGGAUGUUGUUUGCAGCUAGUGCUAAACCCGUUAAACCCCCUUCAAAUGUUUCUAAAGUGGGUAAGUUUAGGUCGAUUGGCGUCUUUGGUAUAUACGAAAACCCGGGCGGUGCUCAAACUUUCCCGAUAAUGUCCUGUGACAAAGCACCUUUCAUGAAGCAAGAAAUGGCCACUGGGGAUGUUGCAUCCUGUGGUGCAAAGACUUAUCCAAAUGCGUGUGCCCAUCUGGAGAUAUCGAAAUUGUUCGACUCCCUUUCGGCUCUAAAAUUAGCUUAUGUUAAGCUCCAAGAAGCUCACAUUCCGUACGAUCCCAUGAAAAUAAGAGCUUCCGAUGAGGAGGUCGUAUCUCUGCUUGAGACAAUCUGCACGAUAAAAAGGGCUUAUAAGGAGAGGCUAUCAAAGGAGGUUAAUUGUGUUUCAUCAAGUUCAUCGCAUUUGCUUGCUGAAAUUCAAGUCCAAGAGAGGGUUCUCGAGAAGUUGAAGUCACGAGUCAAAAGUAAGUGCAGGGAGGUGGCUAGUCUGAGGGGAAAGCUUCAUGAAUUGGAUAUGAGGAACAAAAAAUUGGCUGAGGAGAUUAGGGAGUGUGAGAGGGAGAGUUUUAUGGGUCUGCAUUGCUCGUCAUUCGAGAAUGUGGUAAAAGAAGCCGGAAAAGCUAUACACGAUUUUGCUAAGCCGUUAAUAGCCUUGAUGAAACUUUCGGGAUGGGACCUUGAUCGAGCUGCUAAUGCGGUGCAAGAAUCGGUUGUAUACUCAAAGAGGUCACACAAAAAAUACGCCUUUGAAGCUUAUGUUGCCUGGAGAAUGUUUUAUGGGUUUUCCGAACAGCCCUGUUUCUCAAAGAACGUGAUGAAUUUUGAUAAUCCUAUUAUUGCUUUAAUGGAUGACCCGCGCUCUAGUUUUGCCGAUUUUUGCCGAACAAAAUAUAUGUUGGUGGUGCAUCCCAAGAUGGAGGAGUGCUUUUUCGGAAAUUUGGACCACAGAAAUUUAAUGGCAAAAGGGAUCCAUCCAAACACGCAAUUUUAUCACGCAUUUGUGAGGAUGGCGAGGUGGGUAUGGUAUUUAAACGGGUUUGCUGCUUUUAUUGAGCCUAAAGCUGAAAUCUUUGGGGUGAAGCAAGGAAGUGACUUCUCGGAUAUUUUUAUGGAGGUUGUUGAGGAGCUUAAAGAAUACAAGGCUGGGAUGAAUAUGGGCCAAGAAAGAUGCAAAGUUGAGUUCAUGGUCAUGCCUGGUUUUAAGCUGGGGAAGACAGUGAUCAAGUCUCAAGUUUUUGUCUCCAGACGGCCUCUCUCCAAAGGCACACAUUAG